AUGGCCAACACCACAGUGCUGAACACCUCAGAAGUCGCCGUCUCGGCAGGGUUGAUCCUGGCGGCUGUCGUGGAGGCAGCAGCACUGCUGGGCAACGGCGCGCUGCUGGUCGUGGUGCUGCGCACCCCAGGACUGCGUGACACCCUCUACCUGGUGCACCUGUGCGUCGUGGACCUGCUGGCGGCCGCCUCCAUCAUGCCGCUGGGCCUGCUGGCCGCGCCACCGCCCGGGCUGGGCCGCGUGCGCCUGGGCCCCGCGCCGUGCCGCGCCGCGCGCUUCCUCUCGGCGGCGCUGCUCCCCGCCUGCACGCUCGGGGUGGCCGCGCUCGGUCUGGCGCGCUACCGCCUCAUAGUACACCCGCUGCGGCCGGGCGCGCGGCCUCCGCCGGGCCUGGUGCUCACGGCCGUGUGGGCCGCCGCGGGGCUGCUGGGCGCGCUCUCCCUGCUCGGGCCGCCGCCCGCGCCACCCCCGGCUCCACCGCGCUGCUCAGUCCUGGCCGGUGGCCUCGGGCCUUUCCGGCCGCUCUGGGCGCUGCUGGCCUUCGCGCUACCAGCCCUCCUGCUGCUCGGCGCCUACGGCGGCAUCUUCCUCGUGGCCCGCCGUGCGGCCCUGCGGCCCCCGCGGCCCGCGCGCGGCUCCCGGCCGCGCUCCGACUCUCUGGAUAGCCGCCUCUCCAUCUUGCCACCCCUCCGGCCUCGCCUGCCUGGGGGCAAAGCAGCCCUGGCCCCAGCCCUGGCCGUGGGCCAGUUCGCAGCCUGCUGGCUGCCCUAUGGCUGUGCGUGCCUGGCGCCCGCUGAGCAAGCCGCAGUGGCUGAGGCGCCCGUCACCUGGGUGGCCUACUCGGCCUUCGCGGUUCACCCCUUCCUGUAUGGCCUGCUACAGCGCCCCGUACGCCGGGCACUGGGCCGUCUUGCCCGCCAGGCUCUGCCCCAGCCCCCGCGGACCUGUACUCUCCGGGCCUGGCACCUGCCGACAUUUCUGCAGCACCUCCAGGGACCUUCAUUGCGCCCUGCCCUAGGCCCUCCUGGGGCACCAGAACAAGCCCCAGAUUUGCCAGAAGGGGAGAACCUGAGCAUGACAGGGGCCACCUGA